CGUGUGUAAUUCGUGUGUUUACAAAAUGGUGUCUGGCGGAAAAAUCCGGAUAUAAAGAGCCACGCUUAGUAGCGGUACACGGCGAAACUCGGCUUAUUUAAAAUAUCACGAUGGAGAAGGUACCAUCGCAACAUCGAUUUCAUGUGGCUAAAGUCGAAUUUGUUACAGAGGGAGAUAAACCGAAGGAAAAUGGCGACGGUCAGAGUCUCCCAAACGGUUCAACGGGUGCGGAAGCUGAGGAUGCAUCUUCGAUAAGUUUUUCCAUACCAAACGACACUUACGGCGGAACAUACGGGCAUAACCAGAACAGUUAUACUGCUUACGGAACACAUUUAAAAACCUUUGGGAAAAAUACAACAGAGGCCCUACCUCAUGUAGAUCAUUACAGAAACCUUCUGUCGGCAACCUCUCCGCUAAAAAGCAGACCAACCUUGGCAGAAUUGCACGAAGAAAAGGAUGACAUUGAUCGGCAUCGUCAGCGCGAGCCCCUGCUGUCGGACACCGAGGCUGCGGCGCAGGAUCAAGCAAAGCUUACAGAGUCUGCAGUGAAGUUUGGAUGGAUAAAAGGAGUCUUGGUACGAUGUCUGCUGAAUAUCUGGGGCGUGAUGUUGUUCCUGCGGCUGUCGUGGGUAGUGGGCCAGGCUGGGAUGGGACUUGCAACUCUUGUUGUCCUCUUAGCGACCGCGGUCACUGUGAUAACCUCGCUAUCCAUGUCAGCCAUUUGUACAAACGGAACAGUAAAAGGAGGUGGAGCAUAUUACAUGAUCUCAAGGAGUUUGGGACCUGAAUAUGGUGGUGCUAUUGGUGUUAUUUUUUCUAUUGCUAAUGCCGUUGCUGUUUCCAUGUAUGUUGUGGGCUUUGCGGAAACCAUCAGAGACUUGUUGAAGGCUCAUGAUGCGUUGAUGACAGAUGAAGUAAAUGACAUCCGAAUCAUUGGUUGUAUCACGAUAACAGUUCUUCUCGCUAUAGCCAUUAUAGGCAUGGAAUGGGAGGCCAGGGCUCAGUUGGUGCUGAUGGUUGUAUUGUUGAUAGCGAUGGUAGAUUUUUUCAUUGGUACAGUCAUUCCACCCAAUGAAAUGAAGCUUGAGCGAGGAUUUACAGGGUAUAGGGGCGAUGUAUUUGUUUCCAACUUGGGGCCCAAGUUCCGAGAUGGAGAAAACUUUUUCUCUGUGUUUUCCAUUUUCUUCCCCGCUGCCACGGGCAUUCUGGCCGGGGCCAAUAUCUCAGGUGACCUUAAAAACCCUCAGAAAGACAUUCCCAAGGGAACAUUUCUUGCCAUUGCCAUCUCGUCAUUUUCCUACAUCGCGUUUAUCUGGCUUUUGGGGUCCACGAUCCUCCGUGAAGCAACAGGACCAUUCGUCUCCAUGACAACACUAGAUGCUUUUGAGAAUCUCACCUCUACAGUUUCCAUGACAACAAGUUUGCCGAUGACAACAGCUUCAAUAAUGGCUGCUUCAUCAACAGAAGGGGGAGUGCCGGUUCCCAAGAUUGACCUUAAUUUGGAUAAUCUCUCGAACUGUUCUCUCGCACCUGGCAACAUCUGCAAAUUUGGGCUUGUCCAUGAUUACCAGGUGAUGGAGAUGGUAUCAGCGUUCGGCCCUCUCAUUACGGCAGGAAUCGUGUCGGCAACUCUGUCAUCAGCGCUCGCUAGUCUUGUGUCUGCUCCAAAAGUCUUUCAGGCUUUAUGCAAAGAUCAAAUCUUUCCAAAGGUGGAGUUCUUCGCCAAAGGCUAUGGCCCCAGUGAGAACCCAAGGAGGGCGUACUUUCUAGCAUAUGGCAUAGGCCUUGCUUUUAUUCUUAUAGGUGAUCUCAAUGCAAUAGCCCCAAUAAUAUCAAAUUUCUUCCUGAUGGCGUAUAUGCUGAUAAACUACUCCUGUUUUGACAAUUCCAUAGCCAAAUCACCUGGCUGGAGACCGUCCUUCGUUUAUUAUAACCGCUGGUUGAGCUUGAUUGGUGCCUUAUUAUGUGUAACUGUGAUGUUUAUUAUCAACUGGUGGACCGCCCUUUUAACGUUCGCUGUGAUUGGCGCUAUUUUUGUCUAUGUACAUUAUAGGAAACCAGAUGUGAAUUGGGGGUCUUCCCAGCAAGCCAAUGUAUACAGAAAUGCGCUUAACUCCGCCCUAAAGCUUUCCCAGACCGAGGAUCACGUGAAAAACUUCAGACCGCAGGUGCUUGUAUUGACUGGCUUUCCAUGUAACAGACCAGACCUUGUCUACUUUGUCAACGGUCUCACAAAGAAAAUUAGUCUCAUGAUUUGUGGACAUAUUAUUGAGGGCAGCCAUUCUGAUACCUUAAAGGAUUACCGUCGUUACAAGAGAGGCUACGUGAAUAGAUGGUUAAGCAAGCGCCACAUCAAGGCCUUCUACAGUGUUACCACCGCCCCCGACUACAGACUGGGAGCCAAGAGUCUCAUGCAGAAUGCAGGCAUCGGUAAGCUGAAGCCCAAUAUACUGAUGAUGGGGUUCAAGUCCACCUGGCAGAGCGACAAACCAGAGACACUGGACACCUAUUUCAAUGUUAUUCAUGAUGCAUUUGACUGUGAUUAUGGAGUGGGAGUGUUGAGGACGCGGGAACGCCUGUUUAUGGAGGAGGAAGAAAUGAACGAGGAGGUUGAUGGGCCCCUUCCACUGGAUGACGAAAACAACUAUGAUGAUCACGUCAAUAGAAAACAUGCGAACGAGGAUGAUAGUCCGCCCAAUACACCAAGUCGCCGUGAUAGUACGCCAGAGGUUGAGACACACGAGAUGGUUACGCCGGAAGAGACAGCCCUAAGUUAUGCAAGAAGUCUGUCAAAGGUGGAUGCUUCGCUAUACUUCAACAAGAAACAGAAGGGAACCAUUGAUGUCUGGUGGCUCUUCGAUGAUGGAGGACUGACGCUGCUACUGCCAUACAUCCUGCAGACCAAGGCACAGUGGAAGAACUGUGGACUGCGUGUGUUUACUGCCGGAACCAAGCGCGGGGAACUUGUCAGAGAGCAGAAACAAAUGGCGCAGCUUCUGAGCAAGUUCCGUAUUGAAUGUCAGGAUAUCAAGAUCAUGACGGACGUUGGCAAACAACCUAUGGAGAAAAGCAAGGCGGAGUUUAUGGAGCUGAUCCAGGGAAACAUCCUAGAUGAGGAUGGUGGUGAGACAGCGGAAGAAUUCCCAUGGAAAACCACAGAGGAUCAGAUGUUACUUCUUAAAGAAAAGACGAACAGACACAUUCGGUUACGAGAGCUGAUGUUGGAACACUCGAAAAAUGCAUCACUUAUUGUCAUGACCUUGCCAGUGCCAAGGAAGGGCACAUGUUCCAGCAGCUUGUACAUGGCCUGGCUCGAUACCCUCACUAGGGAUAUGCCCCCCAUACUUCUGCUACGUGGCAACCAACAGAGUGUACUCACAUUCUACAGCUAGAGACAGAGCGUACUUAUAUUCUACAGCUAGAGACACAGCGUACUUAUUUUCUACAGCUAGGUACACAGUGUACUUACAUACUACAUUGGAGAUAGAGCGUGCUUACAUUCUACAGUAAGAGGCAGAGCGUAAUUACACUACAACUUGAGACAGAGCGUGCUUACAUUCUACAGCUAGAGAUGGAGAGUACAUACAUUCUACAGCUAAUGACAGAGUGUGCUUACAUUCUACAACUAGAGGCAGAGCGUUCUUACAUUCUACAAUUAGAGGCAGAGCAUUCUUACAUUCUACAACUAAAGCCUAAGUGUACUCAUGGAUCAAGCCAGCACUGUAGUUACUUCUACAUUUUAUAUUCGCAUUUAAUGAUGGUGUGACUUUGUAAACUGGUAAUGGACAUGACCUUUAGAUUUCAUAGUUUCAUGAGGAUUGCUGUGGAAAUACAUAACCAUAUGAACGGACUUAGAUGCAGCAUCACCAUGCUGCCAGUGGCAACGGAUGUUUUGUUAUGUGAUAUUUAAUUAUUAUCUUUCCAUGUUUUUGAAAACCAACCCCUGAUUGUGCAACAGCAUGCUCUAGACCACUGAAUAUUUGCAAUAAACAUGUAGAUAUGUAAUCAAUGUCCAGCCCUUAUUCAAACCUGAAUCAAAUGCUCACCAUUUACUAUAUUUUUCCUAUAAGAUGACAAUGGCAUAACAUUUUUAAAACAUAUAUCACAUUGAAAAUCUUUACCAAAAUUGUCAGUAAGAAUAGGUGAUGUGAAAACGAAGAGAAGAACACUACAGUCAAGGCUUAUGUUGAUGUCAGCAGGUACGGCAUCUACAAAAUAACAACCAAUAUACCGCUAUACACCAAAAAAAGCUCAGUUUUUAGCUUUUCUGUUUUUCAUCAGCAUCAACAUUGUUGUACUGUAAAAACUCAAACCUUGGCCAUAGCUUCAAAACCAUUACCGUAAAUGACUGGGUAUAAGACGAUAGGGGGUAUUAGUUGCAGGGAAAAAAAUCUGUGAAAAGUCCAAGCUUUUAAUCUAUGUUUUUGGUUGAAAGGCGCAUAGAAAAGAUGUCAAAUCGUCUGGCAUUUUCGGCCACCAUGUUUGAUGACAGUGACAACAAUUUUUUUUUUUCGUGAAAAUGGCGACGGUUAUCUUUAAAACCAUACAAUGAUAAACUGUCGAGAAUGAAAAGUUAAGUUAUGCAAAAACCUUAUAUUGUACAGGUUUGUUCUCAAAAUGUCAACACCUACAGAAAAGAAUAAAGAAUGUGACAAAGUGCGAAAAAACAAGACCAUUAUCGCAGCAGUUUGUAGUAUUGGUAUGUUAAACAGGUUAAAGGCAGUCAAGUUUUUCACACCUUCUCGUACAACUGACAAAAAAAUAUUUUGACAGUGCCCAACUUUGCUUUUUUAUAUGCAAGUUUAAUUAUUGUUCAAUUCAAUUUAUUAUUCAAAAUAAUAUUGAAUGACUUUAAUCGAAAAAUAUUUUUGUUUAAAUUAUAAACGUCUUACAAUAUACCGUAUCCCGAUAUUCAUCUGCCGUUUAAACUCGUAUAUACUCGAUCAAUAUGACCCAAGUAACAUCCCUUUCUACAUAAAUCUAAACAAACUCUCGUCUUGAAAUCGACCUCAGUAAAAAAGUUAAAAAAAUUGUUACUGGGUAUUAUACGCAGGCAUUUUUUUGCAUCGAAAUCUGAGGGGAAAAAAGGGGUCUAAUACCCAGUCAUUUACGGUAUAUAAAGAUAAUAUAAUACACAUGUGGCCAGAUACAAUACUCACAUUUAUAUCAGACCCACAACUAUGACUUUUAUACUUACUUGGCAUUAAUUCUGUGAUGCUCUGGUUUAUGUUUUCAUAUAGAAUAAGCGAAAUUAUCAUUAUGGUCCAAGAGUCUGUGAAUAUGCCAUGGAAAGGAUCCCUGUCCGUUUGAGCACGCGUAUGACAAGUAUGGUACAUGAAAUAAAUACCAUUAUUAAUAAAAGUUUCAUACAGGUGCAAUUCAAAACACUGAACUCUGAAUAUGUAACAUUAAUUAUGAUGGUAUCUAUGUAUAUCACAUCAAUUGUCAAUAUUUCUUCUCAUAAAUAGCUAAAUUAUUUUGAUACUCUUUUGCUUGAUGGAGUUAUAUUAUAAGGAAAGUAAGCUAGAUUAAGGCAGGGCCGUAUGAUAUUGUUUUCAUCAGUGCAAUAACACCUUUAGCCCGCUUUACAAUAAACAUGUUUAUCUAUAAAUGACUGCCUGGGGCCGUGUUCAUAAAGCAUCCUAGUGAAAAUUUCAACUUUGUGUAAAACGUUUUUUUCUAAGUUGAAUUUAAAGAAAAUCAGCUAACCAAAAUGAUGAAAAUAGAAAGGCAUAUGAAUAAAUAAGAAGAAAAAAAGAGGAUAUUUAAAAUAUUCAUUGCUUAAAGUUUUAAAAUUUUCACUAAGUCACUGAGAAACUUUGUGAAUAUGGUUCUUGUGAUAUUGAUGUAUGCACAUGCGUAAUAUCAGUUGCUCUAUUAAAAGUAUUGCCAAAGCUUGCCAAAAUUUGUGAACAAAUCAAGUCAUGAAAAAUAAAAAUAGUUUGCAUAAACCUAUAUUGUGUCCCUUUAAAGGAUAAAAUAGAUUUUUGUAAAGAAGCAUUAAAAGACUUUUGAUGUUCCUGACAAAUGGCAUCUGAAAUAGUAAAUUGUCAUUGGAACAAAAAUCAUACAUAAGCGCUAUGUUCAUACUUGAUUGAUUUUUUCUAGUUAUUUGAAAGAAACUGUUCUGAAGUUUUGUAAUUUACACAUCUUUUGAACCCCUAUUAAACAGACGUAAAUGAACCAUUGUAACAGAGAAUUCUGCAGAUAAAUAAUUCUGCUGAAAUGCUGUUUAGCUUGAAUUUACAAUGGUAGGGAGGUUUUGUUGUGUGGAGAAAGCUGUAGAAAUGUAUUUCUUGUAACUUUCAUUGUAUAUUAUAUAAAGUUCAUGGUUGUGGUAGACUUAGUUAUUUCACUGGAUGCUCUUACAAAUGUUCCAAGUUAGUUAUUUCACAUUGAAUGUUCUUAUCAUGAAUAAAGUCAUAUUUUCAUUUUCAAAGAUAGUUAUUUCAUUGAAUGUUCUUAGUACUCAUAUGUUCAUUAUCCAAACGAGUUAUUUCAGUAAGUGUUCUGACUUGUAUGUUCAUGAUAAAAGUUAAGUUAUUUCAUAUAAUGUUUUAACUCAUAUCUUCAUGAUCUAAGUGAGUUAUUUCAUUGAAUGCUCUUACUUUUUUACAUGAUGGAAGUGAGUUACUUCUUCUUGAUUAAAUUGAGUUAUUUCAUUGAAUGUCCCGACUCUUGUUUUGUUUCUGUAAUCAUUUAUACACUAUAUAUUAUAUAUAUAAUUAUUACCGUAAUCACCAAGGGCAUUUUACUUCUUAUCUCAAUAUUAGGGUAUCUUGAUAUCUGUUCCCCGUUAUAAACAAUAAUGCUUUAAACUAAAAAAGAAUGAUCCUUCAAGUUAUUUGAAGCUCUACCAAAGUUUACAAAAGGAUUCCAAUUCCAAGCACAAACUUGGUUGCUAUAGCAGCUGGAAGGAAACUGCAAAAAUAUAUUUGUCCAUAACCACAAGUUCAAGGACAUUGUGUACGGACUUGGUCCAAUGAUUGCCUCCUAGAAACAGGGUACCUGUAUUAAAUGUUUCACUUCUGGGCUUGCCCCUGUAGUUUCCAUUGUGUUACUGCGGAUACUGAAUGGAAAAGGGUCAACGGUGACAAACAGAUUUAAAUGUUAAUGAGCAGUAGUCACGGGUACGACGUGCCCUGGCUGACCGCCACGGCCCUGUUUCAAUAAUGAUCGUAAGGCUUGAGAUCAUAACUUUUUAAGCGUAACUCAGUUUUGGUCGUAAGCUAUGUUUCAAUAAAAAAUAUCCUUGGACAUUUAUCACAUAGAUUUUUACGGUUGAACCUGAGCACUCUAAAGCAGCGUAAGGUUUACGAUUAAGAUAUCUUAGACGUAACUUCACGGUUAAACCUGAGCACCCGUUAAUAAAAGAGUGUAAGGUUUACCACUAAGAUAUCUUAUUGAAAAGGAGCCCAGGCCCUUUAAUGCUUUCUUGUUAGAUUUCUUGUACAUGUAUUAUCGAUAUUUACUUACAUUUUAGGUUGGGCAUUAUGUUGAAGAUUCAGUUGUGGAUUUGAUUUUCAUAGAAUUGUUCAUAGAAGAUUGUUUGCCUUAAUGUUUACAAUGUUUUUUGUUUUAUUUGUUCAUGACAUGCAUAUCCAGACAAAAUAAUAUCAGGUUUUCCAACUGUCUGUCUGUCUGUCUCUUUUACUUAAUGAUGGCCAUUUAUGUUGAAGGUAUUUUGGAACAAAUGAAUAUGUUAAAAAGAUAUGGUUAAGAUUAUUUGAUUUUUUUUUUUAGAAAACUGAAAAGAUAGCCCCACCUGAUAACUGACGCAUUUUAACCAUCAGCAUUGUUGACAGGCCUUAAUUAUAUAAUUAUGUUAACCAAGAGGUAAUGGGCCGAUUGUUCAGAACUUUGUUAAAGUUAACAACUUUGUUAACUUUAAAAGGAGAAAUAUUUGAUGAUGUGCUCAGGGAUUUGCAUAGAACAAGUACAGCUGAAUCAGGUGUCUUAAAUCUUGUUAGAAACACCACAUAGCACAAGUACAGCUGAAUCAGGUGUCUUAAAUCUUGUUAGAAACACCACAUAGAACAAGUACAGCUGAAUCAGGUGUCUUAAAUCUUGUUAGAAACACCACAUAGCACAAGUACAGCUGAAUCAGGUGUCUUAAAUCUUGUUAGAAACACCACAUUGCACUAGUGUAUCAAUUAAACUUCUAGAGCUUUAAUGAUUUGGAGUUAACAACGCUGAUGCUAAUAACCUUGUUAACUUGAACUAAGUUAAGAACAAGUGGCCCAAUGAUUCAAUGGCAUAAUUUGUAGAUUUGUUAAGCGUACUCUUUCUCCUUCAGGUAAAGGUUUCUUUGACCAAAAUUGAGGAUGUGACCAAAUUGCUGAUUAUAAUGUUGUAAUGCCAUCGAUAUUAUGUUGAUUGAGCCAGUAAAUGUCAUUAAUGGUACUAAACAUAAUUUUGAAAUGAACAACCUUUAGCCUUAUAUAGAACAAGGUAAUUCCACUGUUGUGAUAAAUAAAUGGUGCUGACUAUGAUUCUUAAUUUGAUACCGAUAACCAAAAGAUUUCUCUCAUGUCCAAAGUCUAUUUAUACUACUUUUAACUGGUUGAGAGGUUAUUUUAAGAAAAAAAGCAAAGAUAUGGUCAACGUAUGGUUUUGCUAUUAAUAGCAAGGUAUUGUUAAAACAAGGUAUUGUUAAAACAAGGUAUUGUUAAAGCAAGGUAUUGUCAUAGAAUUGUCUUUCGACGGGCAAAAACUUGACCAUAAGUCAAAUGAAACUUGGUAUACAAUGUGCUAGACAAUAAUACCUACAUGUGCAGCAAUAACUUACGCAUUACUCAGGCUUUAAUCAUUCUUGAGUUAUUUCCAUUUGCUCUGUUAUUGUCGAUUUAAAAUUGUUAUACAAAUAUACCUGUCUCAGAAAUUAGCAAUGCUUAGUCACAAAACAUUAUACUUAUCAAAUGCCAAUUGACAGGUUCAGUUUUGGAGUGUAAAUUUAAAAUAAAACGUGUUCAAAAUGAAGCAGUAUAUUGUGAAAAAAUAUUGUUCAGAUUUUUUUGUUAUAUCUUUGUUAUACCUAGAAAAUGCUGUAAAUGACAGUUUGAUAUUUGAUGCAUAAUCCAUAAUUCAUUAAACUCCUACUCUUUAUUAUAAUGAUAAUACCAUUUUAAUGUAUUGUUGAUAUAUAUAUAUAUAUAUAUAUAUAUAUAUAUAUAUAUUGUUAAAUGACCCUGUCAAAAGUUUUGCCACAAAUGCCUUGUGCAAUGAGAUAAGAUGCUGUGUGCAAUAAGUUUGUUAAAAAGGUAAUCCUAAGAAUAAUCUUUGUAAUAAUAAAUGUUUAUUUUUGGUCUUCUAUAAAUUAUGUUGAACCUGCGUUGACUCAUAGAUUAGAAGACCAAAAAUAAAUGUUUACUUUCUUAGUGUUCAGCGCAAAUUGCCUCACAUAUGCCUUUGUAUUAGCCAUUUGGCAUACAUUAGUUGCUUAAUAUCUCACUUAUUAAAACCAAUUAUUGACCAAGUUGAUUUAUUACUUAAUGGGAAUUAGGCGCUUUUGUAAUCUGCUUUCUGGAUUUUUGGUUCUAAAUGUUUAAUUGUGAAUCUGUUGGUGAUUGGGUGGAGACGUGAGCCUGGAACACUCCAUUUAAAACAUGUUCAAUAGCCCUAAAAUUAAAUUAAAAGUAAGCCUUUAUUUUUUAGUAUGAUCUUCGUUGCUAGUUAGCUUUGUACGCAGUUUUUGGCAUAUUUUGAUUCAAAAUUUAAGAUGUUUACUCACAGGCUUCAGUUACUUUCCCAGUAGAUAAUAUAUGAUUAUACACAGAAUACAUGUUAGGCAGUUGAAACCCUCUGGCUCGAUAUCCCAGGGACCGGUCAUAAUACCUCAAGCCUCGCAAUAAUCGAGCCAAGUGGGAAUGCUUAUAUAGAGUAAAACAAAUCGGUCCUUUACAUCAAGUUCGAGCCAACGAGGAAAUCGAGCCAAGUGAUAUCGAGCCAAUGGGUUUGGACUGUAUGUAUCACUAAAUGAGUCACUGUUAUUUGAUGUGGAUGUCUUUAACUAUUCCAUCCAGAUGUGCAGCUUUGUAUAUUGAAUCUCAUUUUGCAUAUAGGCAUUUCAACUACAUGUAUUCAGGUAUCAACAUCAUUUUUUUUUUGGCAAUUAUUUCUCCAACUGAUUUUUGUUUUUUUUGUUCAUUUUUUUCUUACAAGAAAAAAGUACUUGUAAAAAAUACAUACUUUACCAUUUCAAGUAUAGAACAAAGUAUGAGGUGACUAUAAAUUAAUUGCUAGAUUUACAUCCCCGCCCGCCUCAUUUUUUCUUCCACCCCUUAAAUUUUAUUGCUCCAAAUAAAAAUGUUGAACUAGAUUCUGUAUUACGUAUCAGGCCGGUACUGUCCGGGAACAAUGUUUAUUCAUGAUUCCUCAUGCAAUUAGAAAGAGCAUUAACACAUUCAAUGAUGAAACAGUCAUAUGAGAAAAAAUAGAAAUAAGAUGAAAUGAUACCCCCUGCCCCAAUUUAAACAAAAAAAUGGAUGAAAAUCUAGCAAAUAACUUAUAUUGGCCUAAUGGUGAUUUUUAUGCCCCCUUUUGAAAAAAGUGGGGUAUAUUGUUUUGCACAUGUCGGUCGGUCUGUCUGUCUGUCUGUCUGUCUGUCGGUCGGUCGGAAUACCAAAUGGUUUCCGAUCAAUAACUUGAGAACGCUUUGACCGAGGGACCUCAUACUUGGUAUGUGUAUUGGUCAUCACCAGCAGAUGAACCCUAUUGAUUUUGAGGUCAGUGGGUCAAAGGUCAAGGUCAGUGUGACCUUUACAUGAAAAACGGUUUCCGAUCAAUAACUUGAGAACGCUUUGACCCAGGAACCUCAUACUUGGUAGGUGUAUUGGUCAUGACCAGCAGAUGAACCCUAUUGAUUUUGAGGUCAGUGGGUCAAAGGUCAAGGUCAGUGUGACCUUAACAUGAAAAACGGUUUCCGAUCAAUAACUUGAGAACGCUUUGACCCAGGGACCUCAUACUAGGUAGGCUUAUUGGUCAUGACCAGCAGAUGAACCCUAUUGAUUUUGAGGUCAGUGGGUCAAAGGUCAAGGUCAGUGUGACUGUAAGUGUCCAUAGUUUCCGAUCAAUAACUUGAGAACGCUUUGACCCAGGAACCUCAUACUUGGUAGGUGUAUUGGUCAUGACCAGCAGAUGAACCCUAUUGAUUUUGAGGUCAGUGGGUCAAAGGUCAAGGUCAGUGUGACCUUAACAUGAAAAACGGUUUCCGAUCAAUAACUUGAGAACGCUUUGACCCAGGGACCUCAUACUAGGUAGGCUUAUUGGUCAUGACCAGCAGAUGAACCCUAUUGAUUUUGAGGUCAGUGGGUCAAAGGUCAAGGUCAGUGUGACUGUAAGUGUCCAUAUUUUAUUUAAGUGUCCAAAUCCUACUAACAAUUUUUACAAUUGGUGUGAACAAAACUAGAUAUAAUUUAAAGUUCAAUAAGUAUGAUAUUCGUCCAGUUGUAUAUAAUAUUGUUUAACUAUUCCGUCUGUUGCAUUUCAAAUAAAUACUAUUCUUUGUAAA